CUCGAUAUGAGAUAGCAGCUUUAUGUGUGCUCUCCCCUUAACCCAAACAGGUGGGAGUGCUACCGAGGGGUUGAAUGAUUAAGCUGAGGCCGUUUUCCUGAGCCAAGGCCGCUACGUUUUUUUGGACGCUCCACCACAGAGAGGGACAGUUUGAAUUCUGAGACUCCACCUUCUGUUGCCUAUAUGAGCGAUUGGGCACUUUGACACGACAACGAGAAGACCUCGGUUCUGAGACAUGCCUUCAGCAGGACUGGAGAUACUUGGAGUAGUGCUGGCCGUCCUGGGAUGGAUCCUGGGCCUGACAUCAUGCAUUCUGCCCAUGUGGAGAGUGUCGGCUUUCAUUGGGGUCAGCAUCGUCACGGCGCAGACCAUCUGGGAGGGUAUCUGGAUGAACUGUGUGGUGCAGAGCACAGGCCAGAUGCAGUGUAAAAUCCACGACUCCAUGCUGGCCCUGAGCGGCGAUCUGCAGGCCGCCCGGGCCCUUACCGUCAUCUCCAUCGUGCUGGGCCUGGUAGGAAUCCUGGUGGCUAUGAUGGGGGCCAAGUGCACCAACUGCGUGGAGGAGGAGCGGGCCAAAGCUCGGGUGAUGAUCGGGGCCGGGGUGGCGUUCAUCCUGGCGUCUCUGACCCAGCUCAUCCCGGUGUCGUGGUCGGCCAACGCCAUCAUAAUGGAGUUCUACAAUCCCGUCAUCCCCGAGGCCCAGAAGAGGGAGAUCGGAGGCGCUCUGAUGUCCGUCGGCCUGGAGUUGCUGGGCAUCUCCCUGUGCAUCCUGGGAUGGAUCAUCGGCAUUGUGGCGUGCGCCCUGCCCAUGUGGAGGGUGACGGCGUUCAUCGGCAGCAACAUCGUGACGGCGCAGAUCAUCUGGGAGGGCCUGUGGAUGACCUGCGUGGUGCAGAGCACGGGCCAGAUGCAGUGCAAGGUCUACGACUCCAUGCUGGCCCUCUCGCAGGACCUGCAGGCCGCCCGGGCGCUCACUGUCAUUUCCAUCUUGCUGGCCAUCAUGGCCGUGCUUAUCGCAAUCACCGGCGCCAAGUGCACCAACUGCAUCGAAGAGGAGGCCUCCAAAGCCAAGGUGAUGAUCAUCUCUGGGGUGUUCUUCAUUGUGUCGGGCGUCAUGCAGCUCAUUCCCGUCUCCUGGUCGGCCAACACCAUCAUCCGGGACUUCUACAACCCUUUACUGACGGACGCCCAGAGGCGGGAACUGGGCGCCGCGCUCUACAUCGGCUGGGCGGCCGCCGCCCUCCUGAUCUUGGGCGGCGGACUGCUUUGCUGCUCGUGCCCGCCCAGCGAGGCCCGGUACAACAAUUCACGAAUGGCGUACUCGGCCUCCAGGUCCGCGGGAGGCCAGGGGAUGGAGAGGAAAGACUACGUGUGAGCAAGGACAGGGACAAAAAUACUGGAAGCCCAUCCCUGCGAGGAGAUGAUGGAAAAUUGAUCCAAUCAUCAGUUGAUUUCUGUACAUUUUUACCUUAAUGUAAGUCUAUAUACUGUAUACUGAAAAAAAUUAUGAUCUCGACUUCCUCAGUGUGAAAUCUGGGUGAAUUUAGACAAACACAAAGCUAAUAUUCUGUUGUAUGAACGGCAACAUGUGGACACAAGUUAAUUGUACCUUCUGCCAUCUAGUGGAAGAGCAUUUCAUUUAUCCUGCCUAUCACUAUACGUCACUGGCUUAGAUAGAUGUACAGUGAUACGUUUUUUUGUCAUGAAUUAAUAAUCAUUUUGGACCAUUUUGGCAGAAAAUCUGUCCCAAAAUUGCAAUUUCUCUUCACUUUUAACAAGCAUUUUUUACCCACCAAAUCCCUUCUCAAUACAAAUUGAACAAUAAUUUUAUACUUCAAUAUUUAUGUGCCACAACUUUCAAUGACUUCUGAUUUCAACUUCAAUUUGUUGUUUACAAUAGAUAUAACAAUCAAUUGCAGAGGCAAUUGUGUACAUGAGAUGACUACAUUUAGAUGUUUUUUUAUUGCCGUAACGGUCCUCCGAGGGAAACCACAACUACAAUGUGAGCCACAAACAAAAUGAGCAUGACACCCCUGAUAAGACUGUUAAGUAUAAUUGUGGUUAUGGGGGGAUAGUUCCUGUUUGAUUAAAUCCCAUUUAGUGGCAGCACAUUUAAUCAUUGUACCUGUCACUAUACAUCACUGGCAUAGAUGAGCAAAGAUAAAUUAACUCAAUUUUCUCCUCUAGAAACAAACCGCACAGAGAGGAUUGUCUGUGCACCCGUGCUGAAUAUUUUGAUCCUGACACCAUGACGUCACCUUUAGACGAGGUGCCAAAAUGUCCGGAAUGUGUUCCAAGCUAAAUUGAAAUAAUCCAGAAGUGUUAUCAACAAUAAACAGAGCAGUAAGAGCAUCAUUAAUCUCAUGACACAUGUAAUGUGAUGCAAUGUGCACUGAUAUUCAUAGUACAAGGUUUGUUUAUCAUACGUUUUUUCUGUGCUUGUAUCUUUUGACAAUAAACAUCAUUAUGUUUUAAUGAA